AUGAAUACGAAAGAUUGGAAUAUUUUCAUUCUCGGGCUUGGAUUUUUUCUUGUUUAUACAGGCUAUUUGACGAUUGUUGGAUGCUCAGAGACAAUUCUCCGAUCGUACAGAAAUCGAACUGGAGAGACAGAUGUUAAUGGCUUUGUUUCACUGGCCCUAUAUUCUUCUACGAACAGCAUCAUGUCAAUUUUCUCCCCAGUCUUGAUGAGCCUGAUGAGUCGAAAAUAUCUCAUGCUCCUUGGCGGCGUCAUCACUGCCUGCUACUGCGCUGUCUUCAUCAAACCAAUUCCAGCCCUCCUUUAUGUCUUUUCCGCCCUCUCCGGUUGCGGCGCCGCAUUUCUUUGGAUCGGCCGCGGUUCGGAAUUUGUCAUAAAUUCGACGAAAAAGACGCUUCACAGAAACGCCUCGAUCUUUUUCGCAAUGUACAUGAGCGGCUCUUUCGGAGGAAAUAUCUACGUUUUCUACGCUUGGAAAGGAAGGACGAUCAUUGAUCAAUCGGAGCAGAAUCUUCUCGCGAUUAUUAUGUCUGGAAUCACGCUGCUAGGAGCAUUGUCGUUUCUGCUCCUGAAAAAUAAUGAAGAAGGAAAGGUUGUGAAGCAAAAGGAUGUUGGGGAAGAGCUUAGGACUUAUCUAUUCAGUGCUUGGGAAAUGGCCAAGAACAAGGAUGUGCUCUUGCUGAUGCCGCUCAUGGCCGAAAUCGGGAUUUUGAUCUGUUUCUAUUCGAUUGUUCUCCCAACUUGUGUUGGAACCACACCAGAUUUGCCCGAUUCAAAGUCCCUAAUGGGCUUGGCAGUCUUGAUGGUCGGAGUGGGAGAACUCUUGGCGACGUUUGUUCAAGUUCUUCAUUCAAAACAUUUCAUCCAGCUGGGAUCAGCCUUCUGUCUCCUGAUCUACUCCCUGAUCACUUUCUACCUGACCUUUCCAGAUACCUGCACUCUCCACGCAACAACAACUCCAGGGAUCAUUUCGCCUCAAAAAUAUUCAAUUUUGAUUUCCGCCCUUGCGAUUGGGUAUUUUGACUGCACGACUCAAGUCGCCAUGAAUCGAGCUAUCGGUUCAUGCUUCAAGGCAGAGUGGGAAACAGCUGGAGCAUAUGUCUGGGUCGGAAUCUUGCUUGCUGGUUCUGUUGGAGUUGCCUCUCUCUAUGCUACUGUACUGACGCUUUCUGUUCAAAUUAUCAUCCUGCUUGUGUUCGUGCUUUUAGCUCUAAUUUGCCUUGUAAAGCUUGAAAUGGAGUACACUGCAAGAAGAACAAGGCAUAAUACUCAAUGCAGCUUAGAAAAACCUGAAUAA